CUCCACUCCCCUCCCCUCCCCUCCACUUCCCUCCGCCCAAAAGCUUACUUCUGACGAUCUCUGCCCUCCUCUGACAUGGCAGGCAACGGAUCCGAGUCUUACACCUCCCCUGUUGACUGUCGGGAGCUCGUCCCACGCGACACCGAGGAGAUGGCCGUCCGUGUUGGGCUCCGCCGCUCACGAGAGGAGUACGCCGGACAGCGCGCGGACUCCAUCCAGUUGGAAUCCAUUGCGUUCGCCGAAGUGGCGCAUGGAUCCGGCGCGAGGCGCGUCGCCGUUGCCUCGCCGGAGGCGGUGCAGUCCAUCUGGCGUCCGAACACCGUGCCAAAGGCAACACCUAUUGAUGUUGUACUGAAGGAUGCUAGUUUGGAAAGAAAAAUCAUGGAAGUGCCUAAGAAGUCGGGCGACGUCACUGAGAACAACAAUGAUCAGAUGAACGAUUUACUGCGACCAAUUAUGAAAAUACGGAAUAAUAUUCUUCAUGAGGAACACAUACUUCAAGAUCGAAGUGCUGAAUGUGAUAUGGACAUUCAGAAUAUCUUGACUGAAGGGAAAAUGACAGCUAAAGUGUUGGCAAUAAUGAAAAAGUAUAAGGAAACCGGCUCAAAUAUGAUGGAAGUUGCCAAUCCAUCUUGUUGUGGAGAUGGUGAUAAAACAAGGAGAAAUAAGAGGACGACACUGAAGGAGGCACUCCUCCACAACAAGUGCCAGGAGCUCAACGAGAUCUGUUAUGACAUGAAGUGUAUACCCCCAAGAUACACAGUAUUACCUUCACCAGAAGAUGGAAUGUUCCAUGCCAAUGUACAUUUUACAUGCCCUGGUUAUGACAUGAGCAUCACUGGUGGUGCUCAUCAGACCCCAGAUGGGGCGAGGUGCUCUGCAGCUGCCAAUCUGAUAACAGAGCUUCACAAGAAGGCAGCGGAAGAAGAAGAACAGGAAGAUGACGCAAAUAUUCCUAGUUAAAUUGCCAAAGUUGGGAACUAGCAGACGUCUGGAACCACCGGUAGUCAUUGCACAUUGUCUAAGCUAUUUUACCUCUGAGAGCUCGUGUUACUUUAGUUGUUUGAGUUGUGGAUUCUUACUAAGGUCAUUUCGUGUUGUGGAUUUUUAUCAGGGCAAUUUGUUGUGGAUUUCCUCUGGUUGUGCACAAUUUUGCGACAUGAGUGAACACAAAUUAUCGAUUUAAAU